AUGCGUACAAGUUUUUUAAAGUUAAAACGGCAAAUUCCUAUUUUUGUUAUAGCAAAUGUAUAUUCAAUACCAAAAGCUUUGUUAAGCGGAAUGGAUAUAUCCUCAAACAUUUCAACUACACCGGUAUCCUCUUUUAAUAGAAGUGACGUAAGAUGGAGUGAUGAAGAUAAAUUAUAUCAAAAUCCUUCUUCGUCAAAUGAGGGAUUUUUGGCCUUAACACCACCUCUAUCGUCAUCUGAUAGUUCAUCUCCAAAAAAAGAAAGUGAAUAUAAAGAUAAAAGAGAUGAAGAUUUGUUGAAAUCACUUGAUUUAACAUCUAAUUUAAUGGAUGGUGUCAGUUUUUUUUCUAUUUUAUCAUUAUUACAAAAUACUAGUACGGAAAAUAAUAUUAAUAAUGUAGAUAAUAUAAAUUUCGACAAAACUACUGGAUUUACAAAAGAGUUAAAUGAGGUGGUUGUUUCGAAUAAUGAUUUUAAUAAUAUUAACCAACAAUAUCAUAUUUCCUUACUACAACCUAUUUUAACAAAUUUGACUUCUAACUACCAAUAUAAGAAUUUUAACACAUUGUCCAGUUUAAUGACUUCUAAUAAUAUUAAUAUUAACAAUAUUUCUUAUUGUAAUGAAUCAUUAGAAAAUAAUCUUGCAAAAAUACUUCACCUACAAAAUGGAUCUACAACUGAGAAUAACACCAUAUCCAAUUAUUUACUAUCUUCUAAGAAAAUAGACGACAAACCUUUUAAAUGUGAUUUUGAAAGUUGCUUAAAAACAUUUUCUAACAAACAUUUAUUAAAAAAACAUCAAUUUACUCAUACUGGAAUACGUCCACAUAGCUGUACAUAUUGUGGUAAAAAAUUUAGUAGAAAAGAUAAUUGUUUAAGACAUGAAAGAAGUCAUGGAAAUGAAUCAUCGAAAUUUUUGUAA